UUCAAUGAGUAGUUUGGGAAUGGAAACAUGGUUGUGCAACACGGUCCGAGUAGCUAAGAUAAUUUGAUGAACGACAGUCUACAUAGAGAUUUCUUGGAGUUGAAGUGUGUCACGUUGCCGGCCAUUUGAAGAACAUAGAAAUACAGUAGAAUUGACUGUGGAGUUGACGCGAUUUACUUAGUAUGGAGCGCGAAGGUCGAGUGCCCAAUGGCGAGGACUUGGCUUUGAACAAAUUGGACGAAGAGGAAAUCAUUGGCCAUGCAGGGCACUAUAAUCGGCCAAUCAACUUGAACCACUACGCCACCAAGAAGAGCGCGGCCCAGAGCAUGCUGGAUGUGGCCCUGCUGAUGGCCAACUCGUCCCAGCUGAAGACAGUCCUCCACGUGGGGUCCUCCUACCGCUUCUUCAUCCCUCUCAUGGUGCUCUUGAGCCUGUCCAUCACACUGCAGGUGGCGGUGGGUCUUCUCCUGGUCUUCAUCGUCAAGUAUGAUCUGAACGACAUAAGGAAACAGCGCAAACUCAACACCAUGAACAAUGUGGCCACAGUGAUGGUCUUCUUCACAGUUCUCAUCAACAUUUUCAUCACUGCUCUGGGAUUCGAGUCCACUCGGGACAGUAUGAUGGGCCUUGACAUUGCACCGGCUCCUCAAAUUGGGUCUGACAACCACACAGGCGCGGGGUAAUGCCCUCACUGGGUCACUCAUCGUCUCGGUAGAGAGCUUGGGAGGAGGGCCCUGAAAGGACACUAUUCACAUGCUCACCAUUCACCCUGAGCACAAGCACUUUCAGAUUAUGACUCAAGAGCCACCCCUCUGAUCCAUAAUAUACUGUACAUAUGCUGUAGGCUAUAGUAUAGUUUUUUUUAUUUAAAACAAAUAAAAAAACAGGUUUUGCAAUGUGGGUUUUCCAAAUGAGGUCUGGCUGUAAAAUGUCAAAGACUCAGGUGCUAAUAGGCAGAAAUAGGAAAGUCAUUACUAUUGGACAGUAUGGUACUGUAGAUAGUGCUGGACUGGUAAGUUUAAUCUUUCAUAGGUCAGAACACUGGAUCGGCCAGUUAAAGUCUAUUUUUUAGGAAAUGUAUUCUACGUUUUGUAGUGUAGUCUUUUGUGUGGUUGUCAACUGUUUCUGCAAUACUGUGCAAUGCUACAAUAUCCCUUUUUUAAAUAAACUGUUACUUUAAUUAUU